CCCGGACACCGGGUCGACGCCAGCUCCGGAUCAGAGACCGAUGGUCAGCGACAAGUGGGGUAUCGGGCACUCGGUGUCCGGCGUGAUGCCGAACGGCGAGAAGUUCUCCGGCGAGGUUUUCGGCUACGACGAGGCCACGGGCCUCGUCACCGUCCGCGCCCCCGGCAACAUCGGCGGCACCCACGACGUGAGGAUCAUCAAGGCGGAGGCGUGCACGGACGUCAAGUCCAUCCCACCCAAGACACCGGCCAAGACCGACGGAGCGAUGCCCGCGGUCGACGACACGAGGAGCAAAAAGCGCGAGGAGGAAAACAUCAAGGCUGCGCAGGCGCGCGCCGCCAACGUCGGCGUGGGCGUCACGCAGGAGGCGCAGGACAUCUUCGACGCCCUCGCGAGGACCCUCCCGUGCCGGUGGGCGGAUCGCGACAUCGUGGUCAUGGACGAGGUGAUCAUCCGGCCGCCGUACGCCGCGUGCGCGGGUGUCGCGGGGGGCGACCCGCGCGCAGUCGAGAGGGUGCAGAAGGUGCUGGCGAACGAGAAGAAGAAGCUCGGCCUCUAGCUAGAUGCCCUCAGGCGUGGGGCGCGAGUGAGUCGUGAUGGUCUACGUUCGUUGUAACUAAGUAUCGCAAAGUCUAGUGU